GUCUCCAUGCCCAAACAGCCAAGGAGGAGGAGGAGAGCCUACCAGAAGGAAGCACUCUCUCCAUCCAGUGUCCUUACACAGCACAUGCUGACCAGGAAUGGAAAGUCUGGUGCCGAGUGAGAGAUGGAAAAUGUGAUCCCUUAGUGGAGACAGCCUACCAAACACAAUACCCACAGAGAAACAAGGCCACAAAGGGGAAAAUUACAAUAGAGGAUGACCCCACGAAUAGGACUAUGACCAUCACCAUGACUAACCUCCAGAUAGAGGACUCGGACACAUACGCCUGUGGUUACGGUUCCUACAGCGUCUAUCUUCCACUAAAGGUGAUCUCACUGACUGUUUUCAAGGAGCUGCACAAGAGAGAGUUGGAGAGACUCUCCGUGCAGUGCAAAUACAGCGCCUUGGUGGCUAGGACAGAUAUAAAAGGCUGGUGCCGAAGAGAUAAGACUAGUUGUAAAACCUUGGUGAGGACAGAUCAGACUUCAACAUGGCGUAGCAGCAAAGCCCUGGAAGACAGAGCCUUGAUCCAGGAUGACACCCAGAACAGGAUUUUUACCAUCACCAUGGAGAAGCUGCAGACCCAGGACAGUGGCACGUACUGGUGUGCACUCUACAGCUACUCUAAUGUCAUCCAGAUAAUGGAGGUCAGGCUCUCCGUGUCCAAGA